AUGGCGAUCGUGGGCGGGGGAAACGUCCUUGUCAAUCUUGUUGACUCGCAGGUCGAGCACGAGCCAUCGGACGAGGUUCUUGCACAGCUGGUCAAAGUCUUCCGCAGCGUCUUCGAAGUUGAAGUUGAGCACAUCAGGUGCACCAGGGACACGAGGGCUCAGGACAUUCACGGCCGGCUCGAGGAUGCUGAGAUCUCCUUGGAUACGAACUCUCCUGCUCCUCUCUCUCCUGCUCCUCCUCGCAACUUCCGUCUCGUCGUCAUGUCAGACUUCCAGCGGCUGCAAGUUGAGACGCAGAUCGCCUGGGAGUUGCUACAGCCGUCUAAAAGGAGUUGCGGCAUUACUUUCUUCUCCUCUCCCCUCCUUCUCCCUCCUUGUUCCGGUCGCAACGUCUGCUUCCUCCUCAUCACGAGAUACUCGUGGGAGCAGCUGAGGGUUCAGACGAGAGAUGAGGUCUUGUUCUCACUCACACUUCAGCAUCUCAAGCUCGCAGCAGACCUCGCCCUCCUCGACUUUGUAGCCAGCGCAAGAAUCUUCUCCUCCUCGGUCAGCCCCACCUGA